GACAGACCCCGCCUGCGUACCGCUCCCACCCACCAUGUGGGCCUCUUUGUUGCAAACCGUACUCUACAAUCCACUCUCGAUGUCAGAUUCAUGGCGUACCUUCGACAUUUCUUCUCGGCUUGGCUUUGCAGAGUUGAUCAUGUGCCCGGCGACGCAGAGAAAGCGGCGCCCUGGCGAUGGAAUCACGAUUCAGCAGAGCGCCAAGCACAUGGUGCUGGACUUCGGCUGGCAAAAAGGCGAAUUCACUAACAUGUCGGCGGGCUGCAGCUUGUUCCCGCGCAAGAGAGUAUUCAGACGCAGCCACAUCCAGCAGAUAUACGAGCCGCCGAGUGAUUUGACGGUGCGUGCGGGAGAGGUGCGGCUACGGAGCAGCUCUUUCGACAUUCUCGCUAUUGUCGCCUACUUCCUUCCCUCCCAGCGCAUGCAGGUUGAUCAUUGGAAAUCGACGGUCACACGCCUGGCCAGCUGGAUUCAAAAGACCAUCCAGAAUGCCCCCGCCAGGUGCAUCGUCGUGAUAGGAGCAGACUCGAAUUGCGAGUUCGGUAGGCGUGCGACGGGCGGGGGUGCAGUCCAUCACUCAGCAGAUGAUGUUCACUUCGGCACCUACAACACGGGCACAGAGAACUUCACCAGGCAGGAAUUAUGGCGACUCAUGUCCAUGGAGGGGCUCGCGGUGGUGGACUCGUUCUACGCCACUGGCCCCACUUACUUCGGGCAGGAGAGCGAGCACACGUCGCAUCCUGAUCACUUUUGGGCCCCGACUGGGGCCAUUUCGUUUACGGUGUCCUGCUGCGCGAUGAGAGGAGCAAUGAGAGACUUGCAGAAAAUCCCGCAUGCGCUUCCAAUUCCGAAGGACCACUGCCCAUUGCUGUGGCGGCUACGCUACAAGCUGCAAUUCGGCGUGCCCGACGCUGAGCAGGAGCCGCGCUGGGAUCACGAUUGCAUGGCGAAGUUGCUUAGCGACGGAGGCUCACUGGGGCUGAUCGGAGAGCUUGAAAGGAUUGUCGAGCUGCAACGCGUACUGGGCCCAACGCUGAGCACCGACAGCGUCGAGACGAGCUUCUACUCAAGCGUCGCACCUUGGGCCGCAACUGCUUCACUGAAGAGGAUCGCGCGGCCAUUCGUCGGUGCGAUCGAGAGAUACGUCGAGAGAGAUGCAGCAUCGAUCGUGAGAGUGUUGAUCGCAUGUUACGAGAAGCUCAGCAUGCCGCUGAUCGUGUGGAAGUUGGCUUUCCAAGUUGGCGCAAGAUAUCACGGCGUCCGUCGACGCCGAUUCAACGCGCUGCCACGCUACCUGCCGACCCUCGACGAGUCGACCGGCACUGUGCUGGCUGGCGUUCGCGAGGGAGGGUUCUCAGCUGUCGUCGUCCCUGAUCCAGAGACCCCCUCGGAGUUCGCUUUGGCACUUCGUGAGCAGGAUGAUCCAGAUGGCGAUUGGAAGCAGCUCCGAGGGGCAUGUUCACGCGUCACGGGAAGCCCCGGUUGCCGUGCCACGCCCACGGAUAUGCGCGCCAUCGAUCUCGCCAGGGCGCUCAGCGCGCAUCGCGUCUACACUCUUGGAUGCUUCGGAAGCUGGGCGUUGUCGCAUCUUCAGAUACAGAAGGACAUGAGCAACGCUUUCCGUUCCACUGGUCAUGAUACCUUGGCCGAAGUUGUUGGCGCUAUCAUCCCCGACCUUCAGGAUCAACCGUUUCUCUCGCAGCGGCACGAGGGAGCAGUGAUGGAGGUUCGCGCAGGCAACGAGACCGCCAACUAUGUUCCUCGGCACGGCGCUGGCAUGGGCGACGGCAAUGCGCGCGAGCUGUUCGUGAGGUCGUUUGUUCGGCCGCUGGGUUACUGGAACCGCACGCUGCAGGCCACCAACUCGGACGCUCUGCAGAUUGGCGAGACUGAGGUGCCGCUCAUCGAGGCGUCGACGCUGAUCGAGCGCCCGUGCGUCAAGCAGCUCAUUGACUUAUCCAUGAGAGACUACGCUGGUGAUGUCUCUCACACCCAUCCGCUCCCUGAUAACAACCCGUUGCGUGCUGCUGCCCCCGCCUCCGCCUCCACCACCCUUCCCAAUAACAAGUUAUCCGAGCAGGGGGGCUUCGCCCAGAACGCCAACCAAGAGGUGGCCCUCCCCGUCUUCGUGGGCACUGGAGGGUGCACUGCGACGAGGGCCGCCCUGUCUGGGUCCAUCUUGAGAACCUUGCGCGCCACCCUGACUGAGGCGUCGGCGCAGGCAGUUGCUGCCCUGUUCGGUCAUUUUCACGCUCUACAGGUGAAUUUCAGACGCUCGCUGCGCUGCAGCAGCGCAUGCGAGAAGCACGCGCCCCUCCCGCGCCUGACCUUUGCUUCGAUGUCGCGUUUGGCAGAGCGGGCCCUGAGCACUGGGACAGAGCAGCGCGCGCAAGAGCUGCGCGGCAGGCACGGCCAGGGCGAUCGGACGCGCAGCGGAGAGCGAGGACACGACGUACUGACGCUGGCGGAUGAUCACUAUGGCCUGGCACCCGCAGAUCUGCAGCGACUCGAACGCAUGCCGAUCGAGUGGAUCCAAGCUACUUACCCUGUGCUCAUGCGCCUCGCGUUGCGCCACGAGCUCUCCAUCAAUCAUCUCGAGUCGGCGGCGUUCAGGCAUGUGCAGAUGCCGGGCAAGCACGAGGUAGUCUCGGCGAUGCAGUUGACAGCGAAGUUCUACGGACAGGAAGCAGCGAGGCUUCGCAAAGAACGCGCGCAGCAGAUCCAGGCAGGCCAGGUGGUGGCAGAGCUCGAGGAGCUGGGCAUUCCUCAUCCUCGCGUUUUCCUGGCACUGCUCGGAGCUCUGCUUGCUCUAGGAGAGAAGAUAGGCCAGCUCAACAGCGCAACCCUGAAGGAUUACGAGCGGCAGAUACAGCACGAGAAACCCGACGACUUCAAGCUGGCCUGUCUGUUCUCAGAUUGGUUCGACGGCUUCCCAGAUUGCACCUACGAGUUCGACUGCGGCCAGAGCGAGUGCGAUUGGGGCUACUCCUUCUGCACCGAGCGAGUUGAGAACUUCAGCGGACCCCUGAUCGGCAAGUUGCUUUCGGACGAUAUCGGCACAGUGUCUCCCCUUGGCUCACCUUGUGUUCUCGGCCAUAGACAUCGCAUUGACUGUGGCAACGGUCAGGAACGCACCUCCAGCCAGAGUCGGAGGCGCUUCCGACUAGCCGACGAGGGCAUCGGCUGGGAGGGCAUCUUCUGGCCUGGAGGUCUCUUGCGUCCUGAUGGGGGCGAUGAAGCUGGCAUGUCCCUCUUCGCAAGCGACAGAGGGGCACGCGUGGCGGUCAUCAUCAGCAUGCUCAACCCAGGACCAGACAUCGCCUACCGCGGGGGUCAAGCGUCUAGCCCAGUCUGGGUCACGCACGGCUGUCGGGACUCGCUCACGCUUCGAGAGGCCGUCGACCAAUUCAGCACAUGGGUGAGCUUGGUGGGACAGCACGCGCCUGAAACUGAGUCCGUGUUUGGCCCGCACUUCCUGCGCCAAAACCCGCAAAAGGGUGCCAAGCUCUGGGUUUGCCUCCGGCAAAGCCGCACCCUCGGCAAUUUGGAGAUCGGAGGCAGAGACGGCGAUCUGUUCGACGAUGUCCUGCACUGGCUUCUGCAUGGCCCAGGCGAUCUUGUAUCUCUGCUGGAGCAG